GGCAGCAAGCUCCUCCAGACAUUGGCUUGGUGUAGCCAUGGAUGUCGGCUUGUUCCUGCUGCCAAUUAUUUUGCUCCUGCCACUGCCUGUGUGGCCUGCGCAGGUCAAUGACUCCUCACUGGGGCUCAGUAUGCAAGGAUCAGGGGAGAGGCCUUUGCUGGAAGCCCUCUUGGAACAAGGACUGCUUCAGGUUCCCCAUCUGUUGCGUCAGCAAGAGGCUCGUGCCCAGGAGCUAUGGAGAGCCUUGGACCAACGGUUGCAGCAGCAAGUGGAUGCAGUCGAGGCACGCCUCUCAUUGCGUCUUGAGAGCCUCAAGAGUGACCUGGCCAAGGGCCUUGCGUUGCAAGAGUUGCUGCGCGAAGACUUUGGGCAGCUGCAGCGGGAGCAGCUCUCGUGCCGACACUGGAACCGCUGUCCCGAAAUUGGUGCCCAGAACGGAGUGCAGCAGGGACUGCGCAGAAGCCUCGGCUCGCUUCAGGGAACCCUGAACCAGUUGCAGUAUAACGUCACAGCCCUGCUUGCAGACUCCAGGUACCUUCGCAACCAGUCCCAGGGAGCGGUAACGCGAAAACACCUGGUCGAAGCGUUGGGCAACCUAGAACAGCGACCUAACCACCUGCAACUAUCCUGCGUGUCAACCACCCCUCGAGAGCCGCAACUGCCAGUCGACUGCUGGGACAUGUUGCAGGGAAGGGGUCGCAACAUCUCCGGAGUCUACCGCAUCCGUCCCCUAAACUCGCCCGAGCCUCUGUUUGUCUACUGUGAUAUGGAGACUGAUGGUGGAGGAUGGACUCUCAUACAGCGAAGGCACGAUGGCAGUGUUGAGUUCCAGAGGGAAUGGAACGACUAUAAGCAUGGCUUUGGCAAUGUUGCUGGAGAAUUCUGGCUGGGCAACAGUCACAUCCACAGACUAACAGCGCAGAAGCUCUACCAGCUGCGCGUUGAACUCGAGGAUUUUGAAGGCGUGCAGGCCCAUGCGCUCUACACCUCGUUUGCAUUGGGCAGUGAAAAAGAACAGUAUGCCCUCAAACUACUGGGUGCAUUUGAGGGUGGAGAGGCAGGAGACGGUCUGUCUCCACACGCUGCCAUGGGGUUCUCGACCCCCGACGUGGACAACGACCAGUGGGAGGAGGGCAGCUGCGCCAGGGACCAGCAGGGCUCCUGGUGGUACAACCAGUGUGGCAGCAGCAGCCUCAACGGGGGCUACCUGCAGGGGCCUGCACAGCUCAGCCGGCAAGGGCUGCACUGGCUGCCCUGGCCCUCCGCGCUGCGAUCCUCCGCCCUCCUGCUGCGCCCCGUGGCAAGGGCGCAGACUGCCCCAACCGUCGCCCCCCUUGACGGCCCCUAGCGUUGCCUUAAUUUGCGGUCAGGACACAGUCGAGAGGAGGGAGCUUGCGUUUAGCCUGUUUUAGUCAUGUUAAGGCAAGACAAAGUGUAGAUGCAUUUAAGCAGCUAUGCAUAGGUGCCACGAAACUGUCCUCCAGUUUUUGUUUCCUCUUGUUCCGUUUACUCCACCUUAUCAUUACCAUAGCAGGCUAGGUUGUUGCCAUUUUAGAUUCUGCUGUGUCCUUCUCCCCAGCAUUGGCCUUUGUGCAACUCGUCAACGCCCGUUUCAGCGGCUCGGCAUCUCGGCAAUACAAAAGAAGGUCAGCGAUGACGACCGUAAUCUGGCGCGCGUUUUAAGCGUCUAUACACUAAUGGAGCACGUUAAAAAUCGGGUUGUGCCGAACCCAGCUUGUUUUAAAGGGUUAGACAAAGAGGAGCGAUGAAGGUGUUGGCACCACUGCCACGGCGCAAACUAUGGUCACUGACAAGGUAAGAAUGGCAGGGAAGAGGCACUUCCCUGCCAUUCUUACCUUGUCAGUGACUAUAGUUGUCCCGCCUCCAGCGCGAUCUUCCCACUGUCAACAACAAUUUGUCUCGUGCACAUUGAGCGCAGCAGAAAGCGGCGAGCACCUGUUGGAGACUGGACGUUUGAAAGAGACACCCUGCCGUUUUCGCCUUGUCAGCGACUAUAGUUUUCAUCAAUUUUAGUUGAAUCAAAGAUUUGUUUACUGUAUCAUGCUGACUAAGGUGCACGCUUGGGUCGAGCUUAUCGUAUUGCUGAAGCCGUUGGCUCUAGCCAUGGGCCCACUAACCUUGGCUGCCAGUUUAGAAAAUUUUUCAGAUAAUUUGGCAAAAGCACUCCUGCGGUGGAGUUUCGGCCACCUCUCCAAAUAAAAUGGUGCUGGUUAAUGUGAAGCUCAUUCCAGUCACUUUACAAAUAAAUGCAGCGACGAGACUUUGGAGCAUCAACUAUGUCGGAUGAUGGCGGAAGCAUGGACAAUUGUAAAACUGUGGUGCUGAUGCUGAAAAGUAUUGGUUGACCCAGGUCAAGAAAAGGGUCAGCUUUUACGUUCAAUAUAGUAUUAGACGGUCAGCCAAGGGGUUGUGAGCAGCGUUGUGGAAGGCUCAAGAUGCAAGUGCAAGAAGCCUCGUGUGCACAUGCCCUUGCCUUCUUUGUGCGCCAUUUGUGGAAGGUUGCAAUAGUCCCAUCCCACUCCAAAUUUUUGCUGUAGCAGCACUCUAUUAUGCUUUAAGCCCGUGCCACAUCCUUGCUCUGGUUGGCCUUUUACAUAACUUCUGAACAAUUGUGGAGCAUGAACCAACCAAUGACUGUAAGGGUUUAAUAUUGAGCCAUAUAAGCUGAGCUGUAAACAUGGCAACACAUAUUUGUAAAGCUUUUAUUAAAAAAUAUAUGCGAAAGUAAAUGCUGCCUGGAAGCCAUGAAACUACUUUUUUAAUGUUUUUGUAUCAGGGACGUUGAGAAAUCCUGAUUCUCUAUAAAGCCCAGACAGGAACAUCUUCAUUUAAGUACAUUAAAAUUUACAGAAAAAAAAAAACCUUUUCGAGUUUACUUUUUUUUUUUUUUUUGACUGACCAGUGAAAUGAACAGUCGUGCCGUGCGCGAGUCGCAAUACACAACCAUUCAUUUCGAGCCUGGUAUGUCACAAGUCAUGAAAAACCAGACACCAGAACUGCUUCCAGUGCCUGCUUUUAGCCCAUGGCCAAAACAAACUGUAAAGUGUUUUUUGCAGCUUUGUGCAUCCAACAUUAAUCAGUGCCUCGACAAUGCUUACAGCAUUGCAAUUUGCACAGAACCUUGUUAGAGUUGGGCGAUUUCCAUUACUGCAUGAAUCGUCGCCUACGAAUCGAAUGUUACCAAGUAGCAGACUGGCGAUGUUUAAUCUGAAAGCUUUAUUCGACUGGGACGUGCCUGGUGCCGUUUGGAACUGUCGGAAAGGUCUGCAAACGAAUAAAAAGUACUACUAUUUUAAAUAUUUCAACAAACAUUGUGUGUCUGGCUCCUAACAUUAGUGCACUAAUUCUGCUCCUCUAAGCUAUAUGCAGCUAGUAAAAUUUUGUUGUUUCAACCCGAGCUUGAAGUUGCAAGGAACUCUAGCUAUCUUGACUAGAGGGGGCCCAAAGCCCCGCCGAAAGAUUUGAGUGUGUAUGCUGUCGCUAGCCUCUUCCUUUUGCCAUGAUUGUAAACUGGCAAUAGCAUUGAAUACUAUAUAAAAAAUAUCGUUCUGUAUAGCGUGUCUGAACAGGAACUUAAUACAUGCAUCAAGUCAUGGAACA